CCAAAGUACUUGUAUAACCUGCGCUUAUUAUACCUGCGUAAGUUAACCUGAAGUCUAAAAUAUAAAUCAAUUGGGUUUUUUGAUACAAUUAAAAGUUUCAAGGGUUUAUUUGAUACAAUUAAAAGUUCCAGGGGUUUGAGAUUGACAAUAUUCAUUCAUUAGGAAAAAAAAAAAGCAAACUUUUAUGGCGGUUGAUCAUUUUUGCCGCAGUGAUCGUCGGCUAUCGAUUUGAAGAAGAUGGAACCUUGGAGUGGGUUAUGUUGCAUAGGCGCCGUUGCUCUUUAUCUUCUCAGCCGCCGAACAGCCAGGGAUGUUGACUUUCUCAAAUCGGUCACUAGGGUUGACCAGCUCAAGGAUUUGGCAGAGAGCGCGGUGUUGCCUUCGAUCGUGGCAGUAUCAGGAACAGUUGGCUCGGAGACACCCAUCAAGUGUGAGCACAGUGGCAUUCUCUCUGUUAUUCUCCAGGAAACCGCAGAGCAACAGUUUCUGAAACGUAACUGGAAGUUUUCGUGGGUUCAAGACACUGCAUUGAUGCUCCCCGUUUGUAAGGAAGUCCCUUGGUUUCUGGACGAUGGGACAGGCCGCGUGAUCGUAGAGGGAGCUCGAAGUGGAAUAGGUUUUGAGUUGACCGUCGGAGGUGAAGUAUUUGAAAAGCCAGAGGCGUCUUCCCUCGUUCGAGGAACCUUAGAUUUUCUCCGAGGCCUCGAGAUGCUUGGAAUAAGACGCAUUGAACGUGUUCUCCCAGUUGGUACACGCCUUACCGUUGUUGGUCAGACUAUAAAGGAUGGUGUUGGGGAUGUGAGGAUUCAGAAACCCGAUCAAGGGCCAUUCUACGUCUCCCCUAUACCGCUCGAUCACCUCAUCUCUAAAGUGGGAAAGUGGUCAAGGAGGUUCAAGAAAGCCUCCAUGGGUUUAGCUGUUGUUGGUGUGAUUCUGAUAUCAAAGCCUGUGAUUAAAUAUAUUCUAGUGAGAACAGGAGAUUUUCUUGAGAGAAGGCAGCAGCGACUGUUAAAGAAAAGAGUUGUUGAUGCAGCUGCUAAGAGAAAGAAACUUGCAGCUCCUAAGAGAGAGGAACGAGUGACCAGUAAAGGAUUGGAGAAUGGUAAAAGCAGAGAUGGCGAUGAACAUGAUCGUUGUGUGGUCUGCCUUGAGAGGAAAUGUGACGCCGCUUUUGUUCCGUGCGGUCAUAUGUGCUGCUGCUUGACAUGCGCCUUGAAGUUGCUGGGAAAGCCUUGUCCUCUCUGCCGGAAACGAGGAAUUCGGAUUUUGAAGAUUUACCGCAAUUGAAAGACAUCAUAAAAGACUCACCAGCUCUCACAUUUAGACUAGAUAUUCGCAGCACCAUCACAGCUAGGAGAGCCAACAAGCUCUUCAGCUCUUUAAUGUCUCUUUGGUUGAGAUAGAUCACUCUAUCUUCUCCCGUUUGUAGCUCUGCUUUGUUUUUAACCUUUUUUUGCCAAAGUGGAGUUUCUCUUAGAUUUAAUUUGUAAAUCUGACUUUUUCAUUAAUAUGAAUAUUAACAGUUUA